UGGUCAGUGCUGGAGUGUGCCUGUUUAUAUAAUUAUUGUAUAUUUAUUGAAGUAGUUUUCUCACGUUAAUUCAUAGACGAAAGUAAACAUGGCAAACGGUCCACCGACACGUAAUUUGUUGCGCAUUGUGUUGGACAAUUUUCUAAAAUCAUUUCGACCCCGCCAGAUAAAGGGAAAUUACGUCGGAGAGGAUUAUUUUGGCAAUAAAUAUUAUGAAAUUCCGCCCGAUCCGUCCGUUGGACGACGACGUGCAUCCCGCUGGUUCGAACCUAAUGCUAAAGAAGCAUACGAUCAAGAGAUUACUGCCGAGUGGGAAGCUUGGCUACGCGGUAGAAGGAAGGAACCACCUACGGAGCAGGAGCUGUUAAAAAAUUUGGCUAUUAUGAGAAUGAAAGAGCGUAACGCAGCUGAACUAGAAGCAAAGUAUAGCAAACCGAAAGAUGCAGCAGCACUGGAACAACAAAAAACUGGAAUGGGAUCGUUCCCUCAGUACGACGAGUAUGAAGUGAUGCCCGGCAAAGGAAAACACGAAAAAUAGAUACAAUCAUAACAAAACAACACGUACUUUGUUUCGG